AUGACUGGUACUGGUCAAAAAACUCAGAGGGGCCGUUUGGUGACGACGGCAUUCUUCAUUCCUCACAUGACUCAUAUCCGCAUUGCUUUAACACUAUCUUCAAGGACGGAGUCCACCCACCUUCACCAAACUCUUUUUCCAGGAAAAAGUUCCGCUAGCACGUCAGGGGAAUCUGAAUCAUCAGUCCCUAGCGAGGACUUGAGCAGUCCAGUUCGGAUAAAUGCAUUGCAGGAUCCGCUGUCUGGCUGUGGACCGGGAUCAUUUCAUGUUAGUGUUGAUCAUAUUUAUCUUGUCGCGGCGUCGUCCACCCACAUUUCAAAAUCUCUGCUCCAACCUUAUUUCAAUCUUCGACGGCAUCCCGAACUUGCCUGUUCGUUGCUACUAAUCAGCAUGGAGCGGAAGCUGAGACCGCGCCCAAGGACUAAUCUCGAAAAAUGUUUACCUGAACAAACAAUCGCAAUCAAAAGUACAGAUAUGGCUGAAGAGAUGCAGCAGGAUGCGAUCGUGGCCGCACAAUACGCCAUCCAGAAGUUUCAAAUCGAAAAGGACAUAGCAUCAUACUUGAAGAUGGAAUUCGACAGAAAGUACGGACCUUCAUGGCAUUGUGUGGUUGGACGAAAUUUUGGAUCUUAUGUAACUCAUGAGACAAAUCAUUUUAUCUACUUUUACAUUAAACACAUUGCUGUGAUGUUAUUCAAGACCGGAUUUUGAAUAUUGUUAUUCCUGUACUCUUAUGCUGAC